AUGUGGUGGCUUUUGUUGAUAAGAAUCGGGGCCUCGCAGUUGUUGACCUGCAUACAGUACCGCGUGGCCCUCGCGUGGUGGAGGAAGCAAGGCUGCGGUUGA